CGUGUAGUUCUAAUGCUCACAAAAUUAAAGUUUUUCUAAUUUGACAUUUUCAACAAAGAAAACUAAUUUAUUGAGUAAUGAACCAUUUAAAAGUUUGAACAGACAACAUGAGGGCUGUUUUUCAUACAUAAGAUGGGCAACAACAACCAGAAGCACUCGCUGAGAAAGGCGCAGUCCGUCCCAGACACUCAGACUUUGGAUGUUAAUUCUGAUUUUAACCGAGGUGGAAAGGUGAGCAAUUGGAAGUUGUUCAAAGGUAAAUCCACUACACAAAUAGAUAGAGUGGAUACUUCAGACUCGGCCGACAAGAACCAACAACCUCAGCUGUCUGUUCCAUUGGUAGAGGCACUCUUUAUGCCAGACUUUCCUGUCAAAACCCAGGACACAGAUUUUGAUAUUAUAGAUAUUAUAGCAAAGGGGGCAUAUGGUAAUGUGGUGAAAGUGAGAAGAGAAGAUGACAAACAGUAUUAUGCUAUGAAGGUGCUAGAUAAGAAACAGAUUAUAGUUGAAAGUGCAAUACAACAGUGUAAAGAUGAAGCAGCUAUUCAGUCCAUACUCGGAGAUCAUCCAUUUGUAGUGAAGUGUCAUGAAUACUGGCAGUCUAGAAAGCAUUUAUACAUAGUGUUAGAAUACAUUCCAUAUGGGGACAUGUUUACAUUGUGGACAUUUCAUGGGUAUUUUCCAGAAAAAGUUGUUAAAAUAUAUGUAGCUGAGCUAGCUAUGGUUUUAGAUUACUUACACAAAUCAGGGGUUAUAUACAGGGAUAUGAAGAUGGAAAACUUACUAUUUGAUAUGAAUGGUCAUCUACAGCUAACAGAUUUUGGUUUGGCUAAGUGGUUAUCUAGAGGAGAGAAAACUAGAACAGUAUGUGGCACACUGCAAUAUAUGGCACCAGAAGUAUUAGCUGUCUAUCCAUACGGUCAUACUGCUGAUUGGUGGUCUCUGGGUAUACUUAUGUAUGCCAUGCUGGUUGGAAAGUAUCCUGUUGACGGGGCCAAAGACCAUAUAGAAAUGGCAAAAUUAGUGCUAGAUUCUGACUACCUCUGUCCAAACUGUGUGUCCGAUGAUGCUCAAGAUAUUGUAAAUAAAUUAUUAAUGAAAAGUCCCCAGAAACGUCUAGUUGAUUUGUACUCUCUACAAAAUAUGAGACUGUUUAGAUAUCUCAACUUCACUGAGUUAAUAGAGAAAAAGAUUAAUCCAAACACCAUAGUUCCUCCAGACUUUUUCCCAAUGACAGGUGUAAGUUACAGCUAUGCUCCAGGAUCUACCCAUUCCAAUGACAGCUUUCAUGAUUUUGACUGUGUAUGGAACUUACCUAAUGGAACAGACAAACCAGUUUAUGUUUGAUGUUGAACAUCGCAUUAGUUUUUAGCUCACAUGUCACAAAGUGACAGUGUGAGCUUUUGUGAUCGCGCAGCGUCCGUCGUCCGUGCGUCCGUGCGUAAACUUUUGCUUGUGACCACUCUAGAGGUCACAUUUUUCAUGGGAUCUUUAUGAAAGUUGGUCAGAGUGUUCAUCUUGAUGAUAUCUAGGUCAAGUUCGAAACUGGGUCAACUGCGGUCAAAAACUAGGUCAGUAGGUCUAAAAAUAGAAAAACCUUGUGACCUCUCUAGAGGCCAUAUUUUUCAAAAGAUCUUCAUGAAAAUUGGUCAAAAUGUUUACCUUGAUGAUAUCUAGGUCAAGUUCGAAACUGGGUCACGUGCCGUCAAAAAGUAGGUCAGUAGGUCAAAUAAUAGAAAAACCUUGUGACCUCUCUAGAGGCCAUAUUUUUCAUUGGAUCUGUAUGAAAGUUGGUCUGAAUGUUCAUCUUGAUGAUAUCUAGGUCAAGUUCGAAACUGGGUCAGCUGCGGUUAAAAACUAGGUCAUUAGGUCUAAAAAUAGAAAAACCUUGUGACCUCUCUAGAGGCCAUACUUUUGAAUGGAUCUUCAUGAAAAUUAGUCUGAAUGUUCACCUUGAUGAUAUCUAGGUCAAGUUUGAAACUGGGUCACGUGCCAUCAGAAACUAGGUCAGUAGGUCAAAUAAUAAAAAAACCUUGUGACCUCUCUAGAAGCCAUAUUUUUCAUGGGAUCUGUAUGAAGAUUAGUCUGAAUGUUCAUCUUGAUGAUAUCUAGGUCAAGUUCGAAACUGGGUCAACUGUGGUUAAAAACUAGGUCAGUAGGUCUAAAAAUAGAAAAACCUUGUGACCUCUCUAGAUGCCAUAUUUUUCACAAGAUCUUCAUGAAAAUUGGUCUGAAUGUUCAUCUUGAUGAUAUCUAGGUCAAGUUCGAAACAGGGUCAUGUGCCGUCAGAAACUAGGUCAGUAGGUCAAAUAAUAGAAAAACCUUGUGACCUCUCUAGAGGCCAUAUUUUUCAUGGGAUCUGUAUGAAAGUUGGUCUGAAUGUUCAUCUUGAUGAUAUCUAGGUCAAGUUCAAAACUUGAUUAGCUGCGGUCAAAAACUAGGUCAUUAGGUCUAAAAAUAGAAAAAACCUUGUGACCUCUCUGGAGGCUAUACUUUUGAAUGGAUCUUCAUAAAAAUUGGUCAGAAUGUUCAUCUUAAUGAUAUCUAGGUCAAGUUUGAAAUUGGGUCACGUGCCAUCAAUAACUAGGUCAGUAGGUCAAAUAAUGAAAAAACCUUGUGACCUCUCUAGAGGCCAUAUUUUUCAUGGGAUCUGUAUGAAAGUUGGUCAGAAUGUUCAUCUUGAUGAUAUCUAGGUCAGGUUCAAAACUGGGUCACAUGAGGUCAAAAACUGGGUCACUAUGUCAAAUAAUAGAAAAAAAUGACGUCAUACUCAGUUCAAAACUGGGUCAUGUUGGGACAGGUGAGCGAUUCAGGACCAUCAUGGUCCUCUUGUUUAUCUCACAUUUUUGUCUCACCUACAAAGGGGCAUAAUCCUGCUGUCCAUAUAGAUACACCUAUAUGAAUCUGUAAUGCUGAGAGCCCUGGCUGUUUACACGUAUGGGAACAAUGAAUAUUAUAUAUGCACCUCUGUUGAUCAGAUCGUCUUUUAGUAUGAAGAUAUUGUGUGUAUAUUGUGUCCUGCUCCAAAUUCCAGACAAAGGAUACCUGUGUGUUGGAUUUAAAAAAGAAAGAAAAAAAGUUGUACAUAAUGUACAUAGUGUGAGAAAACCCAUGGCAUCACAGUGAUAUCAGUUACACCAGAGCCUGUCUUCAUUAAUAUUUAAAAUCUGAAAUUCAGACCUUAACAAUGCUGAACUUCCUUUUUACUCUGUCAUUGAUAUAUUAGAAUAGAUUGUAGUCUGCAGCUAUAAACAGUUUGAUCAAAUUCCAUUUAUGUAAAUUUCCUAAAAACAGCUGUGGCAGAUUGAAUACUGUAAAAUCAUUUAGUUUAGUGGGCACAAAUUUCAGUGGUUUUGGCAAAAUGAAAAAAAUAUUUUUGGUGAUUUAAAUUAGUGGAUUUCGACUUUUGAACACAAAAUGAAUGAGAAGUUUACUUCCUGGAUUGACUCGACCACAAAAUCCAUGAAAAUUAGUCCCCAAACAAUAUGAGUGACUUUGCAGUAAUUGUUGUUCUUAAGUUAAAAUUUCAGACUUUAAAUGUUGCUGAAUAUGAGUUCAGAGGAGUAUGAAGAGUGUAGGAAAACCAUGACAUCAUUCAUUCAAGAGGAGGAAACAUUGGCUAUGUUGUUACAUAUCGAAUAAACUGCGUAAACCUUGAUAAUUAAUGCUUGAGAUACAUUUAUUAAGCAGUCAGUCAAGGCAGCCACACAGUCAAGGCAGACACACAGUCUGGCUCUUUUAAGGCAGGUGAUUGCUUAAUACAAGUUGAAAUUAGAACAGAAUUCAAUAUAAAAUAUCAUUUAGGCAUUUUAACUGACUGGCUGUUAAAGGCAAGUAGCUGCUUAAAUCAGGAUGUGACUGCUAAGGCUUGUUCGGCUAUAUACGUUUGUUGCAGUAAAUAUACAGUUAAUUAUUUUGUAUGUCAGUGGAAAUGAUAUUUACUGCAAGCACUUGUUGUUGUUAAAGUACACAAAACACAUGCUGGUAUAAGGCAGUUCAUGUUUUGAUUUCCAGAAAUGCGUGCACUUGUUAUAUGGCAUGCUGUUGAUAUAGCAGUUUUGACUAGGAAGAAAAAAGUUUAAAUAUGUUGGGAUUUAUUUAUGAUCUGAAAAUAGUAAAAGAAAAUACUAGUAAUUGAGCCGCACCAUGAGAAAACCAACAUAGUGCAUUUGCGACCAACAUGGAUCAAGACCAGCCUGCGCAGUCUGGUCAGGAUCCAUGCUGUUCA